UUACGGGUUAGAAGACGUUUAUUUAGCACUAAUACACUAUGAUGUCGUUCGGUUUGCAAGAUUGAACAAUAUGCAUUAUGGGUAAUGGUUGCUACUAACAACAAAAUGGCGGAUAGUGUUUACAAAAAGCCAGUUCACUGCUCAUUUGACCCGUCUGCAUGUUUCGAUUGUUAAUCCCAAGGAGCAACAGCCUUGGAACUUUUGAAAGAGAAGGAUUUACAGCCAUCACGGUGAACAUAGCUGAUUUUGAAGGAAUCGCGGCCGACUAAACGAAAGAACGAGGCAAGUUCCUACACUUAAACAAGCGAAAAGGACAUUUAAAAAUAUAAGUAGCCUGUCCAUUGGCUGGUGUCAAUUAAAAGUACGCGAUGCUGGUUGCAAAUAGUCUAGUAUUUUAACCAAAACUCUAUGCGGCUCAAAUUGAAAGGGUAUAGAAAGAGAACUAAAAAUUAGCGUCGCCACCAUGACGGCAGAGCACACAAGAACAGCGCUCGCGCAAAUCGUACGUCCUGAGACGAUGGAAGACAUCGAGGAAUUCUUGAGACCACAGUUCCCCCCUAAGAAAAAAGAGGUAACAGAUGGUGGCGAUCCCUUUAUGGGUAUGAGGAGACGGAUAGUAAUGGACGGACAUGGGCGAUGGAGAGAAGUGAGGGGCGAGGAAGUAUCCACAAGUGUUAGAUUGAUUGACUCCAGGAAUUUGCCACAAAUGAAGCAACAAUUACACAUCCAAUCUCCCACUGCUGGUUCUAGGUUCGGUUCAAAGACCUUCCCACAAGCCUCUAGGUAUGGUGGUUUCCAGGAGCGCCCUUUGUCCAGGACAUCGCCAGGCAGGGGGGGUAGCAGGGUGGGGAAGAGACCUUCUGAAGACCAGUACAGUCAUCUUGGAAUGACAACCAGAUCUAACGUGUUUCCUGGUCUGGGAAACUUCCAGUGGAAUUCAACAACAGCUAAAACAUUCACAGAGAAGCCAGUAACACCUGUUCAAGAAAGGCAUCACUUUUUUGGAAUCCAAACUGAUGAUUUUGGUCAGUGGUCGGCAGCGAACGUUCAUCAUGAGAGGAUGAAAAAAGCUUGGGAGGAGUACUUAGCUACCGCACCUAAACCCGCAGCAAACUGGAAACCACCAGAACCAAGAGCUGCACCUGUACCACAUAAACCCCAAUCAAAACCCAAGAAAACCCCACACAAACCAAAGCCCCCCAAGAAAGAACAGGGUAUAACACCUGCUGAUAAUUUACAGGAGCAGCCCAAAGGUCCCCCAAGUAAACUUCCACCAGAUGUACCAGUAGACAACGAUGACGAUGACUUUUGGGAGUUCUUUGAUAAGCCAUUCAACAAGCCAAGAUGACAUAAAGAGUAUUUUAUAGUUUACAAUAGAGAAGUAUAAUAAUUUAGUUAUAACAAUAUAAGUCAAAUGGAAAUAUACCAAACCAUUGUGAGAGGUAUAUACAGUGGUCAGAGAAAUAAUGGAUAAAAAAAGAGAUCACAUUCACAGAUAUCAAGCAAUUUUAACUUGAGAGAUUUUUGCACCAGAUUAAUGGUGCUUAAUCCACAAUAACAAGAAAAUCUAUCCACUGUAAUAUCUUUUGUAUUUAGAAAAAAAUAUAUAACCCAUGUAAAGAUGUGUAAAUCGAGUAAUAAUCAAGAUGAUUUUUAAAAUAAGAAAAAAAGGAA